AAAGAAGAACGCUUCAGUAUGACUCCAGACUCCAGAGGAUCAGAACUCAAAGCCGAAAUACAGAAACUAACAAACCUCACAGGCUACGACACACCACCAUCUAAACUUUGAAAAUGGAAGCAGAUCACAGGUGCCUACUGAAUGAGAGAAACCAAAUCACAGACUGUGACCUGUCCGAGCAGAUAAAGGCGGUGACAAAAGAGAGCCAUGUCCAAGCCGAGAACACCAAGGUGAUGCUGGCCUUCCAGAGGGGUCAGCUGACUCUGCAACAGUACAAGCUCCUUCUGUGCUCUUUAUACAAGAUCUAUGAGGCACUGGAAGAGGAACUAGACAAAAACUCCUCCCAUGAUGGUGUAGCACCAAUUUACUUCCCCCAGGAGCUGGCAAGGCUGGAGUCCAUCAAGAAGGAUCUGGAGCACUUCUAUGGUGCAAACUGGAAGGAGCAGCUCACUGUACCUGCUGCCACACUGAGAUAUGCUCAGAGGCUCAGAGAGAUUGGCAGGAAGCAUCCAGAGUACCUCGUGGCUCACGCAUACACUCGUUACCUGGGCGACCUGUCAGGGGGCCAGGUGCUGGGCCGCAUUGCCCAGAAGUCUCUGGGGCUGAAGAAUGGAGAGGGCUUGUCGUUCUUCUCUUUCCCUGCCGUGAGCAGCCCAAACCUGUUCAAGCAACUGUACAGAAGCCGAAUGAACAGCAUCACUCUGACUGAGCUGCAGAGAGAGGGUGUGCUGCAGGAAGCGGUCAGGGCCUUCAACUUCAACAUCCAGGUGUUUGAAGAACUGCAGAACUUGUUGAGCACCUCAGAGGAGACAGAACUAAGGCAGAGACACAAAACCCACAGCCCAAAGAUGUCAGAUGCUGGUACAGACAAGAGCUUGGAACUGCCCUCAUCCCUGGUCUCCAGCUCUCAGUUCCUGAGGAUACUCCUUGGGUUGGCUGUGGUUCUGACAGUCGGCAUGGGAGUCUAUGCAUUUUAAACCAGUUCCUGUCACUCAGUGGCAUGUCAAAUACUGUACAUUAUGGUAACGGUUAGUGAAGUUAAAUUGUAGCAGUGCGUGGUAAAACUGCAGAAAUGACCCUGGACAAAAAAACCUUUGUAGGCUUCAAGCCAGAAGCAAUUUUCCUUAAAGCACUUUAAGGCGGCAUUCUUUUUCCUAAUGUAACAUUCGGAACUAAUUUUGUUGACUUUGCAGAAGUUGUUUGGUUGUCUUCUUAGUUUAAUUAUAUCGAUCCGUCUUAAUCUUUCUUUACGCAAAGAUCAAGGUGCAGGGCAGAAUCGCACAGAUACUGUUAUGGUAUCAUCCUGCCAUGUCUUCUACUGUAGCAAUGUUUCAAAUUGUUUGUGUGCAAAACGUUUGAUUGUUUUUUUUUAUUAAAAAAAGUACAUAUUUUUAUUUAA